UAUUAACAUGGCUAAUAAAGCAAUCAGAGUAAUUAGUACUAUUUUGUUUUGGCUUCUACUCAAGCUGUUCAACAUAUUGAACUACAUUAUCGUGUGAUUUAAAAAAGUAAAAGACAACAUUCGUUACAGAAUACUCAGGUCUCACUUUGAUCUGGAAACUGACAUAAUUUGACAAGAAGUUAGACCUAAAAUAAAUAAGAAAAUGCAACAUGUUGCUAUUUGCUGUAUGGAACCUCUGGAACAGGACAGGGAAAUACAGUUAUCUAAGCUUUCAAACCUGAUUAACUGGCUGCAACUGUCAGACGUGAAGUAUCUCACCCUAUAUCUUGAAAAUAUGGGGAAUGUCCACAUCUUAGAGGUAGAGAAAUACUUGGAGCGCGUGUUAAAACAUCAAUUUGCUUCCUUAAAAAUAACGUGGGCAGAUGGAAAUAAAGUCACUAACCAGCAGACUUUAGCUGUGAAUAUUCUUUCUAAAGAUAGAGUAGGGCAAGACCUUCAAAAUAACAUGAGGAAGUUCUGAAGCAGGGAUGCCUACUGUGACCAAAGUUCUGAUUUUAGGACCACUAAUCUCCAGCUAGUGGAUUAUCUUAAGAGUAAUUCAGAUUUAUAUCUGCCGAUGAAAAACUCUCAAGAGGAAAAUAUUGAUGACUCAAAGACUUACUUCGAGAACUAUAAUCCAGAUCUCACUCUUGUGUUCAACCCAGCAGGGUUUAGUCUAGGUAGCUUUCCUCCUUUAAUGAGGGAAUUCACUGAAAUGCUUCAGUGAGGAAGUUUACAGCGGAUGAACAUUCUCAAUUACUAUGAUCAGAUGACAAAAUUCUUCAAUAUCCAGCAGAGAUGGGGGAUUUAAUUCAAAAGAGCUCUUUUUAAUAACUAAUUCUAUUUCAAC